CCUACUUACCUUGCACCCCCUUUUCACACCUUCAGUGCACCUGAGCACCCGAAGAGCGGCGGGCGGCGGCGGCGGCACGAAAAGCACCGGCGGCGAGCAGCAUGUCCCGAAGGAAACAGAGCAAACCCCGGCAGAUUAAACGCCCCCUUGAAGAUGCUGUUGAGGAUGAAGAGGAAGAGUGCCUGUCUGAGGAAAAUGACAUUAUAUCCAAAGAAGACUUUCCCCUGGAGGGAAACUUUUCUGCAGAAUUUGAGUCUGGGAAUCUGAACUGUGAAGAUGUGGAAUACUUUUGUAAUAAAGGUGAUGAAGAGGGCAGCCAAGAAGCAGCAGAUUCUGAUGGAGAUGCACGUUUGGAUAAACCAGGACCACUUAUGCUUGAGACAGAAGACUGGGAUGGACCAGGAGAAUUGGAGAUGCUCCAGAGGGAUGGAGAGCGCAAGAUCCAGAGUCGGCAACAGCUUCCAGUGGGAACAACAUGGGGGCCCUUUGCUGGAAAAAUGGACUUGAAUAACAACACACUGAAGCCAAAGGCUCCCCUCCCUAUGGUGUUGACUGCGGGCCCAAAGUGGUUGCUGGAUAUGACUUGGCAAGGAGUAGAAGACAACAAAAACAACUGCAUUGUGUACAGCAAAGGAGGCCAGCUGUGGUGCACAACAACAAAAGUUAUUGUGGAGGGAGAAGAGCUAAUUGCCUUUGUUGUGGAUUUUGACUCAAGGCUGCAAGCUGCCAGUCAGAUGACCCUCACUGAUGGGAUGUAUCCUGCUCGACUGUUGGAUUCAAUACAACUGCUCCCUCAACAAGCUGCGAUGGCAUCCAUUUUGCCAACAGCUAUUGUGAACAAAGAUAUAUUCCCUUGCAAAUCUUGUGGCAUCUGGUAUCGAAGUGAAAGAAACCUGCAAGCUCAUCUCAUGUACUACUGCAGCGGGAGGCAAAGAGAAGGUGCUCAGCUAUCAGAGGAGAAUGAGGAAAGCAUUCAACAGAUAUCUAGCUUCUGCCCCUUUCCACAGUGCACCAAAAGUUUUUCCAAUGCAAGAGCUCUGGAAAAUCAUCUAAAUUCUCACAGUGGAGUAAAAAUGGAAGAGUUUCUUCCCUCUGGCUCUAGCCUGAAAUGUACUGUUUGUAACUAUACUGCAGAUUCGGUGAUUAACUUCCAUCAACACCUAUUCUCCCAUCUCACUCAAGCUGCCUUCCGAUGCACACAUUGCCAUUUUGGCUUCCAGACUCAGAGGGAAUUGCUACAGCACCAAGAUCUCCACAUUUCUGGCAACAAACUGCAGAGAGAAAGCGAUGCUGAGCACUCUCCGAAUGCCAGUGAAGAGACUUUGCAGGCCCCUGAUAGUUCCCAAAGCCAAAAAGCAGUGCAGACAAAGGAUGUGAGUUCUGACACUGAGCUUGAUAAAUGUGAGAAGAAGACUCCUCUUUUCCUUCCAAAUCAGAGGCCAGAAACACAGACCACUCCACAUAAGCAGAGCUUCUCAUACACCAAAAUAAAAUCUGAGCCAUCUAGCCCAAGGCUUGCCUCCUCUCCAGUCCAACCUAAUCUCGGUCCUUCAUUCCCCAUGGGUCCUUUUCUUUCUCAGUUUGCUUUCCCCCAGGAUAUCACGGUGGUCCCACAGGCUUCUGAGAUCUUAGCCAAGAUGUCUGAGUUGGUUCAUCGAAGGCUGAGGCAUGGAAGUAAUAGUUAUCCCCCGGUCAUUUACAGUCCACUGAUGCCAAAAGGAGCUACCUGUUUUGAGUGUAACAUCACAUUCAACAAUCUAGAUAACUAUUUAGUUCACAAGAAGCACUACUGCAACAGUCGAUGGCAACAAAUGGCAAAGUCUCCAGAUUUUGGCAGCAUGUCAGAAAAAAUGCCGGAGGCUGUGAGUCCCGGCAAUGGGCAAAACACAAUCAACAUUUUGAGUGCAACGGCUCACACUUCAGAUCCCGAGAAUCAGCUUCUUCAGGCAUCUUGUAUCAAUGCUUCUACUGUCCUCGAUAUCAUUGGGCCAAACAGUAAGGGUCACGAGAAAGACUUUUCAUCACAAGUGAAGAAGCUGUCAAAUACUGCCAACAGUGAUGAUAAAAUGAAUGGGAAGCCUUCAGACAGCAAGAACUCAACUUCUACAUCUUUAAUAGAAGGAGAAAGUGAUCCCAACAAAACUACAUGUGAAGCCUGCAAUAUUACUUUCAGUAGGCAUGAAACAUACAUGGUCCACAAGCAGUAUUACUGUGCCACUCGCCAUGAUCCCCCACUUAAAAGAUCAGCUUCAAAUAAAGUGCCCGCCAUGCAGAGAACAAUGCGUACACGCAAACGAAGGAAGAUGUAUGAGAUGUGCCUACCAGAGCAAGAGCAAAGGCCACAACUGGUCCAGCAACGCUUCCUUGAAGUCACUAAUCUUGUCAACCCUUGCACAUCUUCUCAAGAAGCAACAGAUAGCCUUGGAGAGUGCUACCAUCCACGCUGUGAUAUCUUUCCAGGAAUAGUUUCCAAACACUUAGAAACAUCACUGUCCAUUCAUAAAUGCACCUCAACCUCAAAAUGUGACACCCAACAUUCCACAAUUUCCUGCUUGGAAAUGGACGUCCCUAUUGAUCUCAGCAAAAAAUGUUUGCCCCAGUCUGACAGGACAUCCACUUCCCCCAAAAGGCUGCUGGACUAUCAUGAAUGCACCGUAUGCAAGAUCAGUUUUAACAAGGUAGAAAAUUACUUGGCGCAUAAGCAGAAUUUUUGUCCCGUCACUGUGCACCAACAGAAUGAAAUGGGACAUCUUGAUAGCAAAGUGUUUCAAAAUCCAGAAAAUGAACGGAACAGUCCUGAGGUCAGUUAUGACCGAACCAUCAUCAAAUGUGAGAAAAAUGGAAACUCAAAACAGGCUUCUCCCAAUGGAAACUUGUUUUCUACGCACUUAGCAACCCUUCAAGGACUUAAGGUCUUUAAUGAAGCCACGCAACUUAUAGCUACAAAAGAGGAAAACAAACAUUUUCUUCCUCAAUGCCUUUACCCAGGAGCAAUAAAGAAAGCUAAAGGAGCAGACCAGCUUUCUCCAUACUAUGGAAUAAAGCCAACUGAUUAUAUUUCUAGUUCUUUUGCUGUUCACCACAAUGAUGUAGAUCAAAGUACGGUUGCAGAAGGUGAUACGGUGAAGGGCCAGACACCAUCCAAUGGGUGCCCUGUACAGAAAAAAGAAUCUUUGCCCCUCUUGCCAAAAAACAGAGGGAUGGUUAUCAUUAAUGGGGGACUAAAACAGGAGGAGAGGCCUGCAGGAAACCCACAGCAAGAGAACAUUUCCCAGACUCCCCAACAACAUGAAGAUGGACACAAAUCACCAUCUUGGGCCUCAGAUAAUAAUUUAGCUGCCAAUGAAAAUGUCUCGCCAACCAUUCCAGCAGCAGAAGAACAAUUAUCUAGUAUAGCAAAAGGAGUAAACGGUUCUACUCAGGCCCCUACCAGUGGAAAAUACUGCCGGCUGUGCGAUAUCCAGUUCAACAACCUAUCAAACUUUAUAACUCAUAAGAAGUUUUAUUGCUCAUCCCAUGCAGCAGAACAUGUCAAAUGAAAAUGGCUG